AUGAGUGAAUCAUGCACCCUUGCAAGCUUCGGGGAGUCUCUAUGUCUGAACUCCAUCGGUAACCCUGUCGUUGAGGUUGUCAUUGAAGUUGGUCUCCUUCUCAUCGCCUUCGCUACUUUAGCAUUGGCCGCUGACCACCUGUGCGAUUCUAUGGAAACCUUAUGUGAUCAUUGGGGCCUUCCUGAGGAGAUCGGUGGCGCUACAUUCAUGGCAUUUGGUGGAGCCGUACCAGAGAUCACUGUGAACUCCCUUGCUACUAUGAAAGCCAUCAUGAGUGGCAACCAAGAGGCUGAUGCCGCGUUGGGAAUUGGUGCUAUCCUAGGAAGUGGCCUGCUGGCCUUUCUCACGGUCCCCGCCUUAUGUAGCAUUGCCAGUGAUAAGAUGGUUCCUCUACUGUUGAAGAGAAAACCCUUGACGCGAGACGUGUUAUUCUACGGUGUGUCGGUUUUGGUACUCAUACAUGCCCUCAGAACCGCUAUUACUACUAUACAUGGUGUUGUUCUCAUCCUCGUCUACAUCGCCUAUGUAACUACGCUCUGUUACGGCGAUCAAGUUCAGUCUUGGUACACACAGUGGCGACUCACUCACAGAAACGGUGUAGCUGCUGCAAUGGAGCCCUCCAAGACCGCUGACGGUUCGGCCGAGUUUCAAAGUUUUCGGGAAUUCAGACGGAAAGAAAACAACCAGAAAACCUCAGUAUUCCGUGACAAGUACGAUGAGGAGCUCGCCAUGCCCCUGAUCGAAACCGGCUCAACACAAGUCUCAACUGAAUCUGCCCAAAAGUGUACAUCUCUGCUGCAGAAUAUUCAGCGAGACCUAGAUGCAGUCCUAUGGCCUUUGAAACACAUCAUUGAUAUUAGUUGCCCUGAUUGCCGUAUCUACCAGCCUCAAGAGAACCUCUAUGCGUUGACAUUCUUCGCGGCAUUUACGUGGGUGUCCGCUGCCUCUUUCCUCAUCGGCUGUGUCGUUGACCGAUGGGUUGUCCUUUUGCACAACCCCAGCUCUAGCGGGUUUUUCGGACUACUACUGGUUGCUCUCGGUGCUGAGAUCCCCGAUGCGAUAAACGCUUUGAC